GUUCUGGCCAGACCCGGACGUUGAGGGAUGUGUUCAGCUAUCACUUUCGGGCUAUUGCCAGGCUGGCAGAGCACUUUGGCCAAAAGGCUUUGGAGCGACUCCGUGGCAACCUGGAGUAUAUGCGUGUGUGCAGCCUCUACAGCGGCAUUGGUGGUGCCGAGCUUUCGAUCAGUCUAGCGCAUGCUGCGGCCGCCUCGCGUUUCCGCGAAGCUGACCAGCCU